UCCAGGCCACUAAUGGGACUAAGAAUAGAUCUCUGCUCUCAUGCUAGAUCCUUCAUGGCUUGGGAAAAACACAGGGACCCGGUGGUACAAGAGGCCUAUCUACUAGCGCACGACUACAUUGCUUAUGUUACAGGCAAAUCUACAGGCCCGGCACCGUCUGAAGCCACACUAGCCCUGCGGCAAGCUGCUGAUGAACUGCUGGAAAAAUUCCCAAUUUUUUUCAAACGCUGGCCCAAAGUUUUCAGUGGGGUAACUGAGGAAAAUGCCUGCGACUUCCUCAUUCAGAUUGUGGAUGAGAAUUUCAAACAACAGCAGGAACGUCAGCGCAGACAGACAGGUUAUGCCAUGGAGCUGCCAUGGAGCAUGGUGCUCUCUGUUUAUGUGCUGGCUGGCCAGAUGGCCAUUUACUGCCAGCAGCAUGGCAUGGAGCAUGUCCUUGGUCCUUUAGCAGAGAAGGUGGGCUGUUAUGUAGAGGAAAAUGUUUGCCCAUUUAUUAAGGAGAAGGAUGGAUGGGUGGGCUUCAAUGAACGCUUCAGGAGAAAGGAUGGGCUGGAGAAGAAGGUGCUGAAGGCCUGCUGUGGUCUCCUGCUUGUCAGCUUGGCUCUCCUCCUCACCUGCUUCCUGUGGAGAAAAAAGAUGGCUUCCUCCUGA